AUGGCUUCAAAGAGAAGGGGACCUCUACAGAUUAUCCGCAAAGAUACAGAGACGAUUAAAAAGAAGGUUGAUGUUCUUGUAAAGGACGUGCUCAACAAAAGUGAAUCCUCACACGAUUUACUCCAGAGGUGUCAAGGGCUACAGAGAGAUGGAGAAAAUAUACUAAAAGCACUUAAUGCUUUGACAAAGGCAGAUGAACCAGCUCCUGUGGGGAACUAUGAUCAAAGGAAGCAGGAGGAGGCGACUAAACUGCAGAACAUCCUGAAACAUUUAGAGACCUUGUUUUUGGAGCUGUCGCCACCAGGACCCAGCUCUAUAUUAAAUGAUGUAACAACUAGAGAAGGUGAGGAAGAGGAUGACGAGGAUGAAGAAGAUAGUGAGGAUGACAGCCUCUCGCAUCCAGAGCUCUGGACAGUCCUCGAUACUUUUACUGGGGAGCAGGAGGGAGAUCUAAGUGUUAAGAAAGGAGAUGUUUUAACCAUUAUAACAAAAACAUCUGAUGGUUGGUGGCUAGCCCAAAAUGUUGAAGGAAAAAGAGGAGUUGUUCCAAAAACCUUUUUAAAAAUAAAAUCUGGUGCUGGUGUGGAUCAAGAAGAGCAUGAUGAUGAUGACGAUGAUGAAGAUGACAGUGAUGAGAUGGACAAUCUCCCAGAAAAAUCAGACAAAGAAAAAUAUAGCACUGAGAAUGGAGAAAGCACUCCUCAUUCUAACUGGGACACUGUGAAAAAGGCCUUGACUGAGAUCGAUGCAACUGACGUCCUCUCUGCCAUGGGCGCCAUACCGUCGGGAUUCAGGCCAUCAACUCUGAACAAACUGCUCACAGAAGAAGGCAUAAAAUACAAAGGAAGCCAUUACCUCCAACCUGAACUCAGUCAAUCACAGCUGUCAUUCGAAGACCUGUUUUUGGACCCAGACUCGGGCAGAGUCCGCCCUAGACAUGUUAAAGUGAGCGUUUGUUUCACUCUGUGGAGCUGUAAGCAUAUUCCUACGCCUGGAGUGGGAGUGCACGUCCUCAGCAGACACAUCCAUCUCUGUGCUUUUGACGGAAACCAAGUCUUAAGCAACAUCCACACGGUCAGAGCGACGUACAAUCCCAAGAAACCCAAGACUUGGACUUUUUCACCACGGAUGACUGGUAUUCUACCCGCUCUGCUUGACGGAGACUGUUUUCUACGUUGCAACUCCUCGUCUCCAGACCUGGGAAUCCUCUUUGAACUCGGAGUCACAUUUAUAAGAAAUUCGACUGGUGAAAGAGGAGACCUGAGCUGUGGUUGGGCUUUCCUCAAACUGACAGACGAUAACGGAAUGCUGCUUCCCAAUAGAACCUAUGAGCUGUCAGUUUGUGGUGGAACGCCUUUUGAGAAAGAUGUGCCAGUGGAGGUUUCUGCCACAAAAGGAUCUCCAACUAGUGUUUUCCAGCAGAUGCUCAAGUCCAGACAGCAGCCCAAACUCAUCAUUAAAAUAAAAUCUGCCGGCAGCCGCACCAGGAUAGGGCUCAGCCUCCUGCCAGACUCUCUGCUGCACAGUGUGAGCUGCAUCCAGCUGCUCACACUGCACCGACAGCUGCUCGCUGACGCCCUGCUGAUGGAGCGGCCCACCAUGCAGAGCGCAGCUCUGAUGUGCAGCCCAGUUCUCGCCACCUUUCCUCUGAUUGUGGAUCAAGUGGAUCUGCUGGAUGCUCUCAGGAGUGCCUGGAUGGAUGUUUACACCAGUAUGAGCCGAUCACAGAAGAGAGACUUGUCCCAUGUGAAGCAGGAGUUUCACAGAGUCUACAUGUCGUCUGCCUACUUCCUCCUCCACGCAGCUUCACUACCGAGUUACCGCUGGGCUGAUCCCUCCACAGAGGAGCAGAGAGCGCGCCUCAUCUACACCGCGCUGGACUCUCUCACGCACAAACAAGCUAACACUGAAGCACUAGGGGGCGCUGAAGUCUACGUGAACUCAGACCAUGAGCACCUGCCCUUUGAUAUCACGGAGUGCACUUUUGACCUGCUCAGUGUGGCGAGGUAA